AUGUAUCAAUCCUUCCCAAGUAUCUAUUUCCACCGCUUCAAUUGCGGACACUGCGAGUCCUUCCAUGGGAUCCUCGUGAGUGAAACAGAAACCGUCAACCUGGACGACCCUUGCGCACGCUGCGAACCAAAUACCACAGCUGGGCAAGAGAGGCUGGAGGCCAUGUGGAUCUGGGCCAGUUUGACCAUUCCUUAUCUAACCGAGGAUGGAGACAUCAUCAUGGCGCCCCGUGGAUCCAACGGUUUCCCGACUGUGCUAAAUAUCAGGCAGGAGGGUGACAGCGAUGCUGAGAUCUCAAGUCAUGAUAUAUUGAUUAUGUCUAAUCUUACACCACAAGCCCGAGCAAAGCUGCUCGAACAAUCAGAAACUCAGUUUCAGAAAUCCUAUGAAAGCGCCUACUCAGUCGAUUCCGUUGUGCCUUCUCGGAUGUCGGUAUCGACUAGUCAAAGAGACAGCUAUGCAAGCGGGCAAAGUCAAUACACCAUAGAAUAUCGUCCUUUGAGCUUUGAGAAACGGCUCUUCAUGAGCAAAGUGUAUAUGAGAAGUUCUAAGAACGUGAUGAUCAAAGAGCUCUCUGAAGCAGAUUUGUUCUCCAAGCGAAAGGAUACAGCGACAGAAACCGACCAGACUGUCACGAACUAG